UCCGUGAGCGCCCGGCAAGGCAGUGGCACUCAGGCACAGACGAGAGCUGCUGUGUCCUCAGUGUGACUGUGCUUAGUGUGCGCUUGGUGGUGCUCAGUGUUUCAUCUUAAACUCUAUCUCGUCGCAAGAUGUCACGGAGGCAGUACCAGGGGUACAGCCGUCCCAGGGGCAGCUGGCGAGGAAGGCGUGGUUCAUGGCGUGGUGUUGAAGCUGACCAGCCUGAGACUGAGUUGGUUGAUGGAAAUCACUUGAUGGUUCGAUCUACCGGUUUGUACCAAGGUGGUCCCCGCAGCCUCGGGGUCCCCAAUGUGCUGGGCUCCUACACUAUAGAUAGUGAACUUAAAGUUCAGUUUAAUGACUCUAUGAUGUCUGUGCUCAGUAAAGAGUACAUUCCCCAAGACAAUGAGUGCUUGCAGGUGGAACUAGACCUCAAUAGAGGCUGGCACCGGGUUAAUGGUUAUACAGGGACAACAGCCGAGACUUACAGGCAAUUGCUGCAAUGGAUUCUUAAGAACCAGAAGAGACUGAAAGCUGAAGACUCUUCCAACAAGCUGCUAGCUGACUUUGUGUGCUCAAGGGGAGUACUGAAAAACAUCAUGCUAGCCCCAUAUGCAGGUUUUGUGAAUAUGGACAUAGCAGUACUUGCCCAAUGUUUCAAGGGGACAAUAUACUUGACAUAUCAGCAUGAGGCUCAGGAAGAUCAGAAGGACAAGGAAAAAAGUAGCCUCCUUGAAAUCUACGGCCACAAGUUUGAACAAUACAUGAGAGGAGGAGAUCCUGACCAAGUUCUGGAAUGCAACUGCCAGUUCCGUUGUGUAGUUAAACAACACGUGAAUGAGCUCAGCCUCAUGUACUCUAUGAACACACAUGGAACAGACCAGGCUCACCACAAAGAAAACUUCACAGACAUGAGUAGCUUUGUGUUGCUGAGGGCCCUCAAGGAAUGCACUGAGCCAUUUAAACAAAGGAACUACAGAAGGUUCACUCUCUGUAAAUGGUGGAGUGAAAGCCAGCUGUCUGGCAUCCCCCGGGUGCUGAAGGGCACCAGGAGCCAAGAUGGCAUAGUGCACACACUGGAGAUGCUUCAGGCAGCUGACUUACCAGACCUGGCAGAGGGUGAAUGGGAACCAUCAGUCUGCAUCAACUUCUUGGCCAAGUUCCUCAACUUUGUCAAGGAAAAGGUGCUCACUGAACCAGACCAAAUCCACUGUUUUGAGAGGUCAGCCUCUGCUGGAAAAUACUUUCUUCACUACCAUGCAAAUGAAACAAGCAUCCUUCCCAAGUGGUAUACCCAGCUUCUCUUUGCCCCUGAAGAAGAACAGUGAUUAAGGUUGUCAUGGAUGGUCUUAUCUAAAAUUUUUUUUUAGAAAGGAUGUUAAAAAUGAUUAUACUCAUUAGUUUUAUCAGCUCAGGAAUAAAAUGAAGAAAGCAGAAUGUGGCACACUGACAUCAUAUUGUACAGAAGACUAUUAUCCCACAAAAACUCAAUGAUCAUCCCCUAGCAUGGCAUUAUAUUAUCUUGUAGGCAUGCUGUUUUACAAAAUCUCUCCAUUCUGCUUCUGAGUUGAUGAAAAGUCAUGCAAAGUUGUUAAAAUAGAUAAAAGUUCAUGAUAUGUGAUGGCAGAAAAAGUUUUUGAAGUACGAGACAUCUUACCACUAUCCAGUACUAAUGAAAAGUGGCAAAUAGAUAUUAGGAGGGAAAGAAAACCUUAGGUAAGAAUUUGAGCAGAUUAAUUAUUGAAAGAAGGUGAAUGGAGAUGCAAAUGCUGAGGUGGUUUAUUGAGGCCUGCAAAAAGGAGUGCUGGCUGUGGCUUUGACAGGAAGUUGGAUGAAAAUAGUGAAAUUUGUGAAGAAAGUAUAUUUGGUGGGUAGAAGGUAUUAAAAAAAAAAAAAGCAAUAAAAAAAAAAAAAAAGAGCUACAUGCAAAACACAAUAAAGAUAAUCAAAACAAAUGAGAAAUAUAAGAGAACCUUUAGAAGGUAAAAAAAAAAAAAUUAAAUGUAAUGUAUGUAAAGAGUAAAGUUUAUGCUGCAUUUAUUGAACUUGGGAAAUCACACGACCAUAUUGGUAGAAUGGCAGAGUGACACACUGACGUGAAGAUGUAAGCCUUUUUUUUUUUUUUUUUGUUCCUUCCUUUAUGUGCAUGUAAAAAAAUAUAAAUAAAUGUCAUUUUUAAACAAUACCAUCAGAUCAAUAAAGUUAGUAAAACCAA